GUGUGGGGGAGGGGCUAGGGAUGCAACCCGCCCCUGCAUCAUCCGGACUCCACAUGCUGAAGUCAUCAUCAACAUCAACACUCACGGCUUCUCUUCACCGUCACCAUCAUCGCGCCUGUUUCCUUAUCGUUAUACAGUAUUCGCUAAUCCACCGUAAUCAUAACCAUCAUCAGCCCUGACUCAUCAUCGGCAUCUGCCCAGAUUCAUCAGCAGCUGCAAAGGAGGCAUCAUCAUCAUCAUCAGCACUCGCCGCUGUCGCCGUCCUCGUUCCCGCGAUGGCAGCGGAUGACGGAGACGCGCUCUACGGACAACCGAACAAGCAUGACCCCAACUUCAGGGGACCCGUGGUGAAACGGAGCUGCACCGACAUCGUCUGCUGCAUUCUCUUCUCCCUCUUCAUCCUGGGCUACGUCGCCGUGGGGAUCGUUGCAUGGGUGCAUGGAGACCCGCGGCAGGUGAUACAUCCCGUCGACAGCUACGGCCACUUCUGCGGACAGCCGGGCUCCCCCAACGCGGAGAAGCCGUACCUGUUUUACUUCGACAUACUUAAAUGCGCCAACCCCGCCACUCUGCUCAACCUGCAGUGCCUCACCACACAGAUCUGUGUGAAGCGCUGCCCAGAGAAGUUUGACAGCCUCCUCGCCGCUGUCGCCACCCCCGGCGGCAUGAGCAGCUACGCCGACUUCUGUGUGCCGGGCUUCACCGGGGGGCAGGCACUGAGCCCCGCUGACAUCCUGGCCAAAAGGCAGUGCCCGUCCAUCAUCUUCCCGAGCCAGCCCUUCCAGGGCCGCUGCUUCCCGCGCCUCGUGACAGACCGCAGCGAGGUGAGCGUCGCCGGCAACCGCUCCAUCAACUACGGCAACGGCCAGCUGCUCAACGCCACCGACAUCCAGAGGGGGGCCAAGGGGAUCUCUAAGUUCAUGGACGCGCGUCAGGUGGGCAUGAAAGUAUUUGAGGAUUUUGCGCGAUCCUGGUACUGGAUCCUCAUUGGUCUGGGCAUCGCGCUGCUGCUCAGUCUGCUCUUCCUCGUGCUGCUUCGCUUCUUGGCCGGAGUCAUCAUCUGGGUCAUGCUCCUCGCCCUCGUCGCCAUCAUCGGAUACGGCAUCUACCACUGCUACUGGGAGUACAGUGUGAACCUGAAGGGGAGACCUGGGGCGGAUAACAAGAUCACAGACCUGGGCUUCCAGACCGACCUGCGGGUCUACUUGCAAGUGCGCGACACCUGGCUCGCCAUCAUGAUCCUGCUGUGCAUCCUGGAGGUGGUGAUCCUGCUCCUGGUGGUGUUCCUCAGGAAGAGGAUCCUCAUCGCCAUAGCCCUCAUCAAGGAGAGCAGCAAGGCGAUUGGCCACAUGAUGUCGUCGUUGCUCUUCCCCAUCGUCACGUUCGUGCUGCUUGCCGUCGUCAUCAGCUACUGGGCCAUCACGUCUCUCUACCUGGCCACGUCGGGUGUGGCCGUGUACAAGGCGGUGGUGCCGGGGGGGCCCAACGGCAGCGGAGAAGCCUGCGCGUCCCUCAACGGGACCUACUGCUCACCAGAGGUGUUCAACAUCUCGACCGCCUUUGCCGCUUGUCCCAGCGCCAGCUGUAUCUUCACCAGCUUCGGCGGAGAGGACCUCUACCACCGCAACAUCUUCAAUCUGCAGGUGUAUAACGUAUUUGCGUUCUUCUGGGCCAUGAACUUCGUGAUCGCGCUGGGCCACUGCACUCUGGCGGGGGCCUUUGCCUCCUACUACUGGGCCCCCAGCAAGCCCGGAGACAUCCCCCCCUGCCCCGUCUUCUCCUCCUUCGGACGCACGCUCCGGUACCACACGGGUUCGCUGGCAUUCGGAUCGCUCAUCCUCGCCAUCGUUCAACUCAUCCGCGUCAUGCUGGAGUACAUCGACCACAAGCUCAGAGUGUCGGAGAACAAGUGCGCCCGGUUCGUGAUGUGCUGCCUCAAGUGCUGCUUCUGGUGUCUGGAGAAGUUCAUAAAGUUUCUUAACCGCAAUGCCUACAUCAUGGUCGCCAUCUAUGGGAAGAAUUUCUGCGUCUCGGCCAAGAACGCCUUCUUCCUGCUCAUGCGUAACAUCGUGCGAGUGGUGGUGCUAGACAAGGUGACGGAUUUUCUUCUGAUGAUGGGGAAGCUGCUGGUGGUUGGAGCAGUGGGCGUGCUGGCGUUCUUCUUCUUCUCCGGCCGCAUCUCCUUCAUCCCGACUCACCCGGUGCUCAACUACUACUGGGUGCCCAUCCUGACGGUGGUGGUGGGCUCCUACAUGGUGGCUCACGGCUUCUUCAGUGUCUACAGCAUGUGUGUGGACACGCUGUUCCUGUGCUUCUGCGAGGACCUGGAGCGGAACGACGGCUCUCUGGAGCGCCCAUACCUCAUGUCCCCCGGCCUCCUGCAGCUGCUGGGGAAACCGGGGGCCACGCACGCCCAGGAGUCCUCCGACUAAGGGAACCCUCCCACCCUCUGGGGCCCCCCGUCCCCCUGGGCCCCUCCGGGCCCUCCGGACUCACCCGUCCCUCUAAAUAAAGGCCCACCAUCCCUACAGGGUCCACCGUUCUCUGGCUAAGGGCUCACCAUCCCUACGGGGUCCACUGCCUUAUGGGGCCCACUGCCUUAUUGGGCCCCGUCGAUCUGCCGCCCUCCAGCUAAAGGCCCACCGUCCCUCCAAACUCCCCGAGCUAGGGGGGACCCCCCACUCCUCUGGGUGCCACUCUUCUCUAGCCAAGGCCCCACCCACCCCUCAUGUGUCCGUGUCCCUCCCGCAGUGGAAGACCUGGAGAAGAACGAUGGCUCGGUGGAGAAGCCAUACUUCAUGUCUAAGGGGCUCAUGAAGAUCCUAAACAAAAAGAACAUUGUGGCCGAAUGAUGGGGGGUGCGGGGGGCAUGGGGAGGGAGUUACCUCGAUUUUUUAUUCAGUUGGUCAACACUGGGGAGUCAACAGUGGUUAUCACUUGGAUAUAUUAACCCCUGCCAUAUAAAUGUGGAAUUUCGAGGUUGUAAACGAGAGAUGAGCACCAAUGUCUCAAUGCUCAUUUGAACAGGAAACCACUUUGCCUACCUGCCCCUCCACCUCCUGCUCCCACCCCAGGGCUAGGGUUAGAGACGGGGUCAGGGUUGGGAUUAGGGUCACAGUUAGUGGUUCAAGAAUCAAUCGUCCGUUGCUGCAGUGUACAUGAUGGAUUCUUAAAUCCAUCUGUGCAGAGCGUUAUGUGGCCGUGUUAUUGUAUUUUUGGGUUUUAUCUGGGUUCCCUGGUUUCUUCCAACGUGGAGCCAAACGCCCUUAACAGAAAAACUUCGACUCGUUCGCCAAUAACACCGUGGCCUUAUAAGGAAAAUCUAUACGGGCGACGUUUCAGGCAGUGACCCUUCAUAACCCAGAGAGGCCGUCGAGAUGGACUGCAGUAUCACCAAGUAGUUUGUGUUGUCGUCACCUUGUCCCACACAGGGAGGGCUGCCAAUGGGGGUGCCCUUUGAAUGUUUGAGAUUGUGCGUGCUGCUGUAAUGCUCUUUGAGUUACCGAAGCGUUUGAGCCGGCGCUGUACGAACGCUCUGGUUAUGAAUGAUGAAUAUACCAAACACUCCCAGUGUAGCAGCAUCACACUCCUCCUCAAAAUGAGUCUUGAGACUCAACGAGGCUCUCCCGUGUAAGAGGGUGGAGGUACGGAGUCAGGGGAGGGACGAAGGUUAUAAGAUCAGGUCUGGGGCGAGGGUUAAGGGUCGGGGGGUUGCCCUGCCUUCCCCCCCAAACCCAUAAGGAGCCCCCCCCCCCUCUCCCUUCUGGAUGUGGUUGUCAUCGUUUUGUGCCGGGGCCGUGUCUGUUAAUUAAUUUUCGAGCGUCGUGAUCGGGUUUGCGUAGAUGUAAAGUGUGUAGUGUCUCUGUACACACGCGCAGA